AUGUUGCAUCGACUAACUCCACGUGCAAAUGAAAACCUGAUUGGAAUAGAGGCUCGCAUGCAAGAUUUGAAAUCAAAGUUAGACAUUGGGUCGGGUGGUGUGCGCAUGAUUGGAAUAUGGGGUGUUGGGGGUGGUGGUAAGACAACUCUUGCAUCUUCUGUUUAUAGUGAAAUUUCUAGCAAGUUUGAAGGUUGCUGCCAUGUUGAAAAUAUUCGACAGAAAUCAAUGAAAAAUGGUUUGGAAAUUUUGCAAGAAAAAAUUCUUUCAUGUGUCUUGAAACAAAAGGAAAUAGAAGUAAACAGUGUUGAAGAAGGAAGAUGCUUAAUACAUAAUAGGCUUCGCUGUAAAAAUGUGUUGCUUGUUCUUGAUGAUGUCGAUCACCUUGACCACUUACAAGCAUUAGCCGGAUCACAUAAUUGGUUUGGUGAAGGAAGUCGAAUAAUUAUUACAACUCGAGAUGUGCAUUUAUUAAAUGCUCAAAAAGUGGAUGUGGUACACGAGAUUAGGUUGUUAAACAAUGAUGAAGCUAUUGAGCUCUUUUACAAACAUGCACCUCCAAAUUACAAAGCUAUAGAAGAUUUUAAACUGUUGUCAAAAGAUGUGGUUUCUUAUGCUGGUGGGCUUCCGUUAGCACUUAAAGUUCUCGGUUGUUUUUUGUGUGACAAAGACAUUAAUGAGUGGAGGAGUGCAUUAGCAAGGCUGAAAGAGAUCCCGGAGAUUGAUAUUGUGGAAAAGCUAAAAAUCAGCUAUGAUGGACUUAAAAUGGUUGAGAAAAAGUUGUUCCUUGAUAUUGCAUGUUUCUUCAGAGGGCAGUAUAACAAUGAAGGGAUAAUGGCGAUGCUUGAUGCUUGUGGUUUUCAUCCAGUUAUAGGCAUAAAGGUGUUGGUACAAAAGGCUCUCAUAACUAUUUCUCCUUAUGGAAGGUUUGAUAUGCAUGAUUUGGUACAAGAAAUGGCAUACUACAUUGUUAGAGGGAAACACCCUAAGAAUCCUGAAAAACAUAGUAGAGUUUGGAAGAAGGAAGAUGUUCUAAAAAUGUGUGCUAUGGAUGCGACCAUGGAACUUGACAUGAUUGAAGCAAUAAGAUUUGAAUGCAAUAGGUAUGAUCCAGUAGAACUUUUUCCUCCGCUUGUUGCAAACAUGAAAAACCUUCGGUGGAUUGAUUGGAGAGGUGAUCUUGCAAGCCCGUUUCCUACCAACUUUCCACCAAGGGAGCUUUGUUGUCUAAAGUUAGAUGGCAUCUCACAAAAACAACUUUGGCAGGGUUAUAAGAAUCUGCCAAAUUUGAAAAUCCUUGAACUUUGUGGUUUGGAUAAACUAAUUAUGACACCAGAUUUUGAUGGACUGCCGAGCCUUGAAAGAUUCAAGCUUACUGAAUCUUCCAAUUUAGAAGAGAUUCAUCCAUCAAUUGGACGCUUGGAAAAUCUUGUUUUCUUAUCUGUAGAAAAUUGUGAUCGUCUUAAGAUGUCUCCACCCAUUACCCGAGUAAAGAAACUUGAGACGCUUACCUGUUCAUGGUGCCCCAAACUUUUUAUGUUUUCGGAUAUCCAUAGUGGCAGAGAGCUUGUAUCCUUUAAAAGGAAACCACUAGGGUUGCGAUUUCUUCAUAUAGGCUUAAAAAAGUUGGAUCUCAGCUACUGCAAUUUGAGGGAUGAAGACAUUGGUUGUGAAAUUUGGGAUUUGUCCAACUUGCAAAGACUCAAUCUAAGAGGAAAUAACCUUUCAAGAUUAGAUUUUAGUCAUCUGCGAAUUCCUCGGCUCAAAUGGCUCGAUAUUUCAUAUUGCGAAGGCCUUGUAGAAUUGUCAGAGCUCCCAUCAAGUAUAGCUAUUCUUAUAGCGGAUCAUUGUUCUUCACUCGAAACAAUUGGAGAUAUUUCAAAGUGUAAAUGGAUAUGGAAAGUUUUACUUCGGGGGGAAAACAAACUAGGUUCAAAUGGUAGCGAGAUAUUACUCGACUCGAUGCUCCAGGGAAAUGCUAUCGAAAAUUACUUUAUCCAUGUGACUCUUGAACAUCACAUGAUUUCAACAUGGUUCAUGGUUAGGUUCUUUAGGACAUCUAUACAAACUUCAAUACAUCUUCCUGAUGAUUGGUACAAUGACUUUUGUGGGUUCUUGAUAUGCGUCGAUACCGACAUGAAAUAUCCUAUUGUAAAUAUAAUCAUCAAGCACGAUCUCAAUGCUCAAGCGGGUGAACAACUAAUUAAUAAAGCCUUAGACAAUUCUAUCAAGUCUUUUACAGAGGAUAUAGAGACACUAUUAUCCAUAGGAUAUGUCUCAUUCAGUUCAUUGAUGCACACCACAUUAUCGACUACAUCAUACAAUGCAAUUUCAUUUUCCAUACAAAACAAAUAUUGUAAUUUGUUAGAAGCCCGUGUUGUAAUUGAGCUCAUACCAAGGAAAAGAAAAGGUGACCAGCUGCUAAAAACAAAAGUCACAACAGAUCGCUCAGAAUUUUGGGAUGAGGAUGAUGAUGUUAGAAAGACAUUUAGGAUCCAACAUGAUUCAAGCUCCUCUAUCAAGAUUGUAUGGCAUCCAUACAACUGGUAUUGA